AGGUGCCGGUGUGGCUGAAGACCCUGCGUCUCCACAAGUACUCGUACCUAUUCCGGCAGAUGACCUACGAGGAGAUGCUGAGUGUCACCGAGGACUGGCUGGAACAACAGAACAUUGUUGAUGAGGGUGGGUCCAUCAAUUCUGCCUUGGGGAAGAUGAAGGAGAUGCUAAACACCCCAAUCAAGGCCUUCAACCCCGCCCAGUCCUCUCUCACGUCCAAUAACCCUGCCUAUCGCACAACCUCGUCAUCCUCAUCUUCAUCCACCACCUCGUCAUUGCCUCAGUCACCUUCUGCUGAUGAAGUCUUAGAAGGAGAUCUACCCGCCCAGUUUUGUCGCCUGAUGGGCAAAGUUUGUACACAACUGCUGGUAGCAAGCCGUCCAGAUGAUGAGUGCUUUAAAAUUUAUCUUCAACUUAUAGACAAGUGCCUGAACCAUGAAGCAUUCUCUGAUCGUCAGAAGAAACUUUUACAAUCUUGGAAACAGUCAGCUCAAAAGAUCUGGCAACCAUCUCCACAAAGAUAUGGAGACAGACCCCGCAGAAGUUUCGCCAAUACAUUCCACGUAGGAAAUUCACUUGGGGGCCGCAUCAUCCCACGAGCGGGUCGUAUCCCUGUGCCGCAGUCUGUAGGCCACCACCAGCAACAUCCCAGCAUGCAACAGUGGAGCUUUGGUUCGAAGCGAUCCAUUUUGGGAGGGGGCUCUGGUGGCGGACAUAUGCCGGUGCAACGCAAUAAUUCCUUGAACACCGCCUUUCUCAAUAAACCAGGGCUGUUAGAGCAAACCAAACAGCCCAUCUCCAGAACUCACUCUGCCCCAACCAACAGACCCAUGUCUCUUCCAAUGCAAGGUUGUGAGAACGCUAAUGACACUGAGAUCAACGCACGUCUUGAUUCUCUGUGCAUCAGCAUGACGGAACAUGCUCUGGGAAGCUCAGAUACAAGUGAUCGUGGUCCUAAUUAUUGACCUUGAAUCAGCGUUGAGACGAACGUCUCCCCCCCGUCUCCACCAACCACCACUGCUGCUGUCUAGUCUGGCAAAGUAUGAUGCACCCCUGACAUCAAAUGGAGCCUGGCUGUCUUCUUUCGACCUAAACUCGUGUUCACUAAAUGUCUACAUGCCAAAAUAAUGUUAUGACAAAUGUGCUGUUCUCUGGUUGAUGUCAUGUUGGUUUUUGGAACUUUGAUUAGUUGCGUGAUGAGAGAUGUGAAUGGAGAUCGUCAUAAUGUAUGUAUGUUGAAUUAGUUUGUGGCCACAGCCUGUUGGUAUGUAGUCACAAGGGCAGUGAAACCACUGUUGGUGCUUGGGGAAAAAAACUUCCAACACAUUGGUUGUUGUACCAUUUGCACAUUUGCUUUUAAAAAUCUAUUGUUGUACUUUGCAGUUAUUUCGUUGCAUGUCGUGUCACUUUACUGUGUUCUACAAUGUGUUAUUAGUUAGCUGCUGAUAGACGACUGGAGUCUGUAGUAGAUUAGCAGCCCAGUUCUCACUCACCCUUCCCCCCCAAAAAGAUCUGAUCUGCUUAGCUGGCAUAUUAACGUUGUUAAGUUUGCUUAUGUUCCAAAGUCAUGGCAACUAUAUAUUGCUUCAUUUCAUUCCUCACCCCCCCCCCCCCCAAAAAAAAAAAA